UUGCAGGUUGUUCGGGCCCGAUUUUUGGCCACCGAAUUGGGAAUACGUGAUAAGCUGGCUGUCAUUCUUUUGGGUCAAUCUUCGCUCACAGUAGCCCUGAAUGCUUCAAUCGGACGACAUCUGCCACAUCUGCAAUUAUUCGUUGAAAUUUCGCGCAUCGAUGGCGACAUAGCAGCGCUUCCAAAUCUUGCAGCCUACCGGCCCACUGGACAGCAGCAUCCGCUCAUUUCCAUCCUUGGUCUUAUCUUCAACAUGACAAUGCAUGAAAAGUACGAUUGGUAUUAUAUAAUGCCCGAUACAACUUAUGUAAAUCCGUUCGAACUUAUGCGAUUUGUGAAUCAUGUGAAUUGGAAUCGUCCGGUUGCAAUUGGAUACAAAGACGAUGAAGAUACGACAAGAUGCAGUUUACAAGCUGGAAUCCUCUUAUCAAAUCCGGCUAUGCAAUUGCUAAUGCAGCACCGGCAUUUGUGUAACUCAAUAUCAAGCAGUUCCGACCAUGCCGCAUUGGAAACAUGCAUACAUUAUGCAACAAAUCUUUCUUGUACCAACUUUUAUCAGGUUUAUUUUUUUUUUAUAGCUAAGCAGCACACAUCACUUGCAAUCGUCUUCAAUGUUUUUGAAAUUCAUAGAUCUCUGAGUGUUUCGCCGUUACUGUCCGAUGCAGAUGCGCAUGCACUUCAUCAGCACUUCCUUCACGUUGAGCUUGAUCGUAUCAGUAGCGAAAUUGACGUUUUAUCAGCUGAAAUUGCAUCACUGUCCGAUGAUAUAGCCGAUGGUCCAUCACAUCCGGCAGGCCUGCCACCAUUUUCGAAGCCACCAAACCGACAUCAGCACUUCCUUCACGUUGAGCUUGAUCGUAUCAGUAGCGAAAUUGACGUUUUAUCAGUUGAAAUUGCAUCACUGUCCGAUGAUAUAGCCGAUGGUCCAUCACAUCCGGCAGGCUUGCCAGCAUUUUCGAAGCCACCAAACCGACAUCAGGUUCCGAAAUGGCAGUUCUUUACGACCACAGAAAUUUUCAAAAAUGAACCAAAUCAAAAUGUUUAUGCGCUAAGCGGUGAUGAUAAAUUGGAUGUUGAGGAGAUAGUGGCCGCAGCACGAAAAUAUGUCGAAAAAAGCGGCCAUGAAAGAGAGGAUAGCGAGGAAUUUGUGCAACUUCGUAACGGAUAUCGGCUUUUUGAUCCGAUGCGUGGCAUGGAUUAUAUUGUCGAUCUACUCUAUCGUGGAAAUAAUGGUGUCCGAGUGCAUCGAAUUCAUCUGACACGAGGUAUUGCCAGCACUCAACUUUUGAAUCAGGUACCGUAUGUGAAGGAAGAUACGGAUUUGACGAUUGUGGUGCCACUUGGAACAACCGAAGAAGUGGGUGCUGUACGCCGCCUGCUUGCCCAUCAUGUACAUUUGUGUGAAUCAUCAUCUGGUGAUAAUCGACAGACACGCAUUGUUGUUGCUGUACGAGGCGUUGACCCAUCUGCUAUUCGACUAAUUAACAAUGAUGUUAUUGAACUCCGAAUACGGUAUGGCUUGUUUUUAGUAUUUAUAGAUCGGUUCCUAGCCUAAUU